AUGAAACAAUUUGUUUGUUUUAGUUUACAUCGUGAUUUAAAGCCAAGUAAUUUAUUACUAAAUCGAUCAUGUGAUUUGAAAAUUUGCGAUUUUGGUCUUGCUCGUACAGUAGAUGAUAAAGCAAGAGAUGACGGUUUAUUAACAGAGUAUGUAGCAACACGAUGGUAUCGUGCACCAGAAAUAAUGGUCAGUCAACGUUGUUAUCAUAAAUCGAUUGAUCUAUGGUCAUGUGGAUGUAUUCUUGGUGAAAUGCUCCUUGGUAAACCAUUAUUUCCUGGUCGUCAUUAUGUUGAUCAAUUAAAUCAUAUUUUUUCAAUAAUUGGUUCACCAACAAAAGAUGAUUUAACAUCAAUUCGUGAUCCAAGAGCUUGUUCUUAUAUAAGUCGAAUGCCAUUUAAAGCAAAACGUAUUUUCAGUGAUUUAUUUCCUCGAGGAAGUUCACUUGCUUUUGAUCUACUUGAUAAAUUAUUAACAUUUAAUCCAUCAUUAAGAUAUACAGCUGAACAAGCAUUAAGUCAUCUAUAUUUAACUCAAUAUUCAGAUCCAGAAGAUGAACCAAUAUGUUCAAUACCAUUUUCAUUGAGUGAUGAUAUGACUUGUGUUUGUACAAUAGAUGAUUAUCGUCAAUUUAUCUUUGAUGAAAUUCAAACAUUUUCACCAAACAAUUGA